ACUUAUCAGCCGAAGAGUUAACCGUGUGCUGCCUAUGAUCUUUUGACCAGCUGGAAGUCAACACAGAUACUGGUGAUCGUCUGAGAUGUUCAAGAUACAGUGAGUGAUUGCUCGAAGCUCCUUCAAUACACAAGCAAGUGAAUUUAACAAGAGACCCUCCACGUUUCCCCUGCAAUGCUGGAGGCAAUUGGCAGUUGGGUGUUAUUUACUCUGCUGGACAGUCUCUUUCACUGUGUGGCUCAAACACACACAUCAGAGCUCAAUGUGCUGUGAGAAGAUUGAGAACACACCCCAACUGCGCAGCUCUCCAUCUGUGAGAUAACAUGGUGCUAUGCCAACUCCUCCAGCUUUACAAAUAUGAUAAGACCGAAGCUGCAAGAACUCUCCCAGCACUGUGGUGGGAUCCGUCGCCGACUGCGAGACAGGGAUCUUCUCAGGAAGAGAAAGGCCGAAGCAGAGGAGAAGGAAACUAACCAGUGGGUUUAUGGGAUGGAGAGCCAGAGGAAAAGAUCAAGGACCGAUGAGAAGAGUGGCGCAAAGAAGAGAGGGAGGCCCAGGAAGACUGAUCCCACGCCGGAGAUAUCUGUCAUUCAGGAAGAGGCAGCAGUUGUUCAGGAAGCUCCUGCAGUAGUGGUGGUGCCUGAACCUGUGGGGAUCAUCUCAGGUCAAACAUCAGGCUCUCUGACCCCCUUACUUGUUGUGGGCAGCGAAACACUGGAGUCACAACCAGCACCUGUCCUUGCUGCCCCUGCCUCUUUGCCCAUGUUUGGAUCUGCCCAAAGCUCUUUGUUUGGUCCUGUUCUGACUUCUCUAGAUCCAGUCAACCAGACUCCAGCUCUGGUUUCACCCUCAGUUCCUGCUCCAUCUCCCGCUGUUGUUGUAGAUACGACUCCAAUCCCCGUCCAAGGUUCAGCUCCAGCUCCAGAUGCUAUUCCGGUCCCAGCUCUGUCCCAAGCCCCCGUUCCAGCUGCAGCUCCGGCUCCUCCCCAGGUUGAGACCCUCUACAAGGAGUCACAAGGCAGGGAGGCCCUAGACCAGGUCCUGAUUGAGGACUUGGGCCCAGAUGAGGAGGAAGACAUCAAUCCAUUGCAAGACCAAAGAGCUGAUGAAGAUUUGAGUGAGACACCAUCGGUCAGCGUACCCGAACAAAACAAAAUGUUCUCAAUUCCAACUUUGUCCUCUCAGCCUCUGCCACAGGAAUAUCUCCCAGGAAAUCAAUUCUAAUUUCUUCAAAUAUACUUUUCAGAUAGUGCCUCAGUUAAGAACAUGCAAAGCCAGACUACUUCCCAUUCUGUCACAGUUUGUAUCUGAGUAUUAUUUUGGUUAGUGUGCAGCCUGAUGAGCGUUAAGUGUAUGCAUUGCUUAUUUGAAAAAGUGUGUAUGAAUUCAAACCAAACUUGUAUGCUUAUUUAUUCUUGGUUUGUGCUUCACUGCGAAGUUCAUGAAUUCUAUUUUGUACUUUGCAUUUAGUCAACAGCAAAUUUAGCCUGUUUAUAUUUAAAAGUAAAUGGUAUGAAUCACUGGUAAUGAUGUAUUUGUAAUUGUGGAUUUAUUUGAUUGAAUUUUGUAAAAGUUGUUUUUCACCGAAUACAAUACACUGCUUACA